AUGCAAAUGAGAGACCUCUCUAGGGAACAAAAUUCGAAGAAAAAAGGUCCACUUCCAAGUGACACAAUUGCAUAUCCCAAGGGUAGUGGGAGUGGUCCAACUUCUCAUGUCAUGGAAAUUACUACUCGAAGUGGAAAGGUACUACAAGGAGGGAGUGAACAAUUAGUUGAAGUUGAAGAGUCCAAACAUGAAGUUGAGGUUGAAGAGCCAAGUGUUAUUGAAGUUGAAAAGGUUUCGGAAGAGUUGAAAGUGCAAGAAGAAAACAGGGAAGAUAAGAGAACCACAAAAAAUGAAGUGGUGAAUGUGACUCAACGGGUUAGUCCCAUCAUUGCAACAUCCACCGUUCAAAAUAAAGAAGACCGGGGAGCUUUCACCAUUCCUUGUACUAUUGGGGCACAUGAUUUUGCAAGAGCCCUUUGUGAUAAUGGGGCUAGCAUCAACUUGAAUCCUCUUGCCAUUUACAAGCAAGCAUGGUUAGGUAUGCCAAGGCCCACAAGUAUGAGAUUGCAAAUGGCUGAUCAUUCUAUAAAGAGACCAAUGGUAAUUGUUAAUGAUGUGCUUGUUAAAGUGGGGAAGUUUCAUUUACCCGCCAAUUUCAUAAUCCUUGAUUGUGCGGUUGACAAAGAGAUCCCUAACAUUUUGGGGAGACUAUUCCUAGCCAUAGGAAGAGCACUAAUGGAUUCAUAA